AUGGCGGACUCAGACUCUGAUGAUGAAAGGCGGCCCAUAAGGUACACUACCCCAGCCUUGGCACCCAAUGUGGCCUACCUCCGACAACCACCUAGACACUAUCGUAUCGGAGCAAUACUCUCCACCGUUUUAUGUUUCUUUCCCAUUGGUAUAUUGAGCAUAAUUUCUUCCCGAAAGGUGACGAAAUCAAUGGCCAUAGGCGACCAUGGCGGUGCUUUAGCUGCGUCUGAUAGGACACGCCUUCUCAUACAAAUCACUGUGAUAGUUGGAGGAUUGUUAUGGUUCGGUGGCUUGCUGGGAAUUAUAUACAUGUCAACAAGGGCUAGCUAGACCGUGUAGUCUCU